CCCUCUAGAUCUGCAAGCAGAGAAACAGCAAAGCUCCUCCUCCCCUGCCACUCAGGAACUGAUGACAAGGCUGGGCUUUUUAUUAGGAGAAGGGAUCCCGGGUACGGCACGCAUACCUAUGGACGACAAGAAUGAAAAGAAGUGCUCUGUGACCAGCCAGGGUAUCAGCCCCUGCUCUACGCUGACCAGCAGCACGGCGUCUCCCAGCACUGACAGCCCAUGUUCCACACUCAACAGCACCACCAGCCGCCCCCCUCUUAGCCGCUCCAGCCCCUGUGGGACCAUCACAAGCCCCAGCUCCACACUUGAGAGCAAGGACAGUGGCAUAAUAGCCACCAUCACUAGUUCUUCGGAGAAUGAUGACCGUAGUGGCUCCAGCCUGGAGUGGAGUAAGGAUGGCAGCCUGAGAGGCAGCGGGCGCCAUGGCCUGGCACAGAGUGUGCGGGCUGAUACCUGCUCUCCUGUGGCCGAAGAAGACUCCAACAGUGCCACAGCAACACCAGCCGACACCCCAUCCAGGACAGGCCAGCAGCUACAGUCGAACACAUCAGCAGGGGCACUACAGCCUCCAAGUCACUCACCUGAGGGACCCAUUCCAUACCCACCACCAACAUCAUCUUCCCUCAUGAUGCCGAGGCCAAACUCUGUAGCAGGUAAGAGCCCUUGUUUUUUUAGCUCUGGACAUAUGGAUGUCUUCUGUGCAGUGGAAAAUGAAUGGAUCUAGGAUACCUUUCCUCAG